UUGUUCGAGGAGGGAAACAUUAGUCGGUGAAAAAUGGACGUUAAUUUGUGAGUUCUUCGUUUCUACAUUUCAAGCAAAUCCUCUAUCUCUCUUACUAAGUAGUUUAGGGUUUCUCUCUCUCUCUCUCUCUCUCUCUCUCCACAUUUACACAAUUUCCUCUUACCCAUCAUCAAAUCUCGUCCACAAGAUUCCAUAAUCUGAAAAGAUUUCGAAUGCAAAUAUGAAAACACUUCAAGGGUUUUGUAUUACUUUUGAUUCUUCACAAAACCCUUCCACAGAUUCAACCAAAAUCGAACACAUGAGGGUUUUCAAGUUUCUAGUGAUUGAGGAAAAUCCAUGUCGAUUAACAUGCUUCCGAGGGGAUUCGUUUUCAACAACGAAUCAAAUUGCCAAACAAGUGGAUUCAAGAAGUUCCGCAUUCGGGAGUAUGUUGCUGCUGUUCGUGAAAGAGAUCCCAGAACAUGUUGGCCCUUUGGAUCAGUUUGUGAGUUCAAGGAUCUCAAUACUCAAGACGUGGCUCCUAAAACAUUACCCUUGAGUAAUCUAAAAAUUACAGAAGAUACUAAUGCUUCUAAAUUACCCAAAGUUCAAAGUUCCAAGGGUAAAGAGGUUGUUGAAUUUGAAGCUCCAACAGCAUUUGAAGUCGAAGUUUCCAAAAACAAUGAGGCUGGAUCUGAAACUGUUACAGCAUUUGAACUUGAAUGGACCAAGGAAAACAACACUGAAUCUGAAAUUGCAACUGCUAUGACAUUACUAGAGAUUUCUAAGGGAAACAAGACUCAGUUGGAGACUUCUACAGAAUUUGAACUUGAAAUACCCAAGGAAAAGAUGACUCAAUCUGAAAAUGCUUCAGCAUUUGAACUUGAAUGGACUAAGGGAAUCGAGACUGGCUAUGAAUCCGAAACUGCUACGGAGAUUAUUACGUCUAAAGAGCUUAAUAAUGGUAUGGAUGAAGAUAUGAGUGAUGGAGGCACAGAAUUGGUGAAUUUAUCUGAAUCUGAAAAUGAAGAAAUUGUGAAAGAAUAUGGAGGCAGUAAUACUGAAAUUGUGGUGAUUAGUGAUGAUGAUGAUGAUGAUGAUGCUAAUUUAGGAAAGACUUCAAAGCCAACCAAAAAAAGAAAAUGUCGUGGCAUGUCUGAAUUAAUGAGGGAUCCCGUGGGCCCGGAUAUCGAAUCCACUCUACAUUUGUCUGAUUCGGUUGAUGAAUAUACUGAUGAGUCUGAUGAAGAUUUCACCAUCGAUGAUUAUGAUGACAAAGAUGACUCCGAUGAUGAUGAAACUGAGUGGAUGUUACUCAAAAAACAAAAGGCUGUUAAAAUUACUUCUAGAAGCAACCGUUCACGAAACUACAAGAAGAAGAAGACAUGUGCACCCAAACCCAAACCCAAACCAUCGAACCGUGGACCCAAGGGUAGGACCAAGCGUGCUAAGCUACACCCACACCCACAACCACAUAACAACUUUGCUGCCCGAAAGCUAGCUGUUGCGAUUGAAGCUGAGGUGGCACUGGCGGCUAAUCAGAAAAGGUCUGGUUUGUAUGACAUGCGAGGUGGGACCGGGCAGACUGUUGUGGGUCAGCCCGUGGCAGGAGUUGGUGGGUUGAAGGAUCCGGGUCCGGUGGUUACGGGUACACCAGGUAAGCAGUGGACCCUGGUGUGUUUAUUGAACAGGAACCCAGCUGAUUUUACCAUAAUCGGUCCUGGGAAUAAGUACAUGACAUGGUUCUGACUUGUGAGUUGAGUUGAAAACUUUUUUUUAUAUAUAUGAAGUAGUAUGUAUGCAUAUCAUCAGAUGGAAACUAGACUUUGUGACUCAGAUCUGAUGGUUUCUUAGGGUCAAACUAAACUUUAGUCGUGUGUUUGGAUUUAUGGUCUAUGUGGGGUCAUGUGGAUGUUUGAUCCUCUUUUUUAUGUGUGUUUUUUUUUUGGUAAAUCUAUCAUCAAACUUGUCAUA